GCAAUUGGUGGAGAAAAGGGGGCGUGUCCUCACGAGCCUUUUUAGGUCAUCUGCUUCCUCAUUGGCUGCAGGAUUUGGCGCUGAAAACCGGAUUUGGAUUCAGCCAAUCACAGAGGAGCUCUCCCUGCGCCACCCGGGUAUAAGAGGUGACGGGCGGAGCGGGGCUGUCAGUCUCAUCUGUACAGAGCAGAGAACGAUGUCUGGACGCGGCAAACAAGGAGGCAAAGUGCGGGCUAAGGCCAAGACCCGCUCAUCCCGGGCAGGGCUCCAGUUCCCGGUCGGCCGUGUGCACAGGCUCCUCCGCAAGGGCAACUACGCCCAGAGGGUGGGCGCCGGCGCUCCCGUCUACUUGGCCGCUGUGCUCGAGUAUCUCACCGCCGAGAUCCUGGAGCUGGCCGGCAAUGCCGCCCGCGACAACAAGAAGACCCGCAUCAUCCCCCGUCACCUGCAGCUGGCCGUGCGCAACGACGAGGAGCUCAACAAGCUGCUGGGCGGAGUCACCAUCGCCCAGGGCGGCGUCCUGCCCAACAUCCAGGCCGUGCUGCUGCCCAAGAAGACCGAGAGCAGCAAGCCGGCCAAGAGCAAGUGAGCCCGGCUCUGCCCCGCCCCAAACCAAAGGCUCUUCUAAGAGCCGCCCACAUGGUCUGUACGACUGAGCUGGCGAUGCCGCUGAUCUCCGCUGUGGAGGCGUCACACAGGGGCACUUACCGCUCCUGACUAGAGAUGGGAUCUUUUACAUGAAUGGAGUCUUUGGCUUCAGUUGCUGACUCGGGCUGACCAGUGACCCGGAGCCGGAUAGGUAAUAAGUGUUAGACCAGUGGUGACCUGACGGAGGACUAGAGGGGGAGCUGGGGGCACUGGUCUGGGCAUUAUACUGAGUGGGGGGCACUGCUGGAGGCGUCCUAUUAUAUGGACAGCACUGGGAGGGCUUUAUACCGCUGCAGCCUGGUCCUAGACUCCGUGUGCUGCUCUAGUGACUCAGAGAAUAGGAGGAGUCUAUAAGUCAGUAGGAUGAUGGGAUUCUUAGCCUCAGCGCACGACCCCCUGUACUGUGUGCGCCUCCGCUCCCCCCUGCUGCUCUGACAUGGAUCGGACAGCACUACUCCGGACAUAGUGCGGGCAGACAUUGCUGGGCUGUAAUCUAAAGUGGAGGCUGGUAAUAUAGAGGCUGUAAUAUGAUGUGGAGGCUAUAAUGUAAUGUAGAGGCUGGAAAUAUGAAGUCUGCAAAAUAAUGCUGAGGUUGAUAAUAUAAAAUAGAGGCUGUAAUGUAAUAUAGAGGCUGUAAUGUAAUAUAGAGGC